AUGGAUGCUGGUUCUUCUUUCAAUGUCAACGACUUCAUUUCCUACCCCGAUUGGGUCCGCGAGGAUGCGGAGUUGGGAGUUAGAAAGUCAGAGACUAGUGCUGCCGUCUAUCAAUCGAUACCAGAUUACCCAAAUAUCACAGCAUGGGAAAGGAGGUUUGAUCAGCCGGGACCGAGCAACUGUCCUGGAAUCGGUGGCGAAGACAUCAGUGGCAGUGGACUCGGAAUUGGCUCAAGCGUUCCUGGUCCUUCGUCAUUUUUCUUGGGUAGCAAUGGCCGAACUUUCCAUCACCCAUCUUACAAUAUGGGGGCCGACAUGUUCAUGGCACAAGCCCAGCGGUAUGGGAACGGGCAAAUUGCGCAAGCUCCAGUAGCUCCGGCGUAUAUGCGUACGCCUCAGCCCGCCUAUCCACCAGGUUUCCACACCACUCCCUUUCGAGCCGCACCGGUGGCAGGAGGUGCAGAUGACUCUUUCCCCGCUGCCACUUGGCGCCUCGCAAGGCACGAGAUCGAGUUGUAUAUGCCCAACGGCGCUACGGAUGAGGCAGUCGGACGUCCUUCAAAACGCUCUCGCCACAAUGCCACCGAGCCAGGACCUCCUCUCACAGUAUAUGCACCUGGUGCUUCUCCUUUGCUGGGACUUGAACACCAUCUGUCCAUUCCUGCGAACGACUUCGAUAUCAGCAAGAUUGAUCCCAUACUUCUAGCUGAGUCUCCUCUCGGCACGAAUGGUGGAUCUACGUCGUCGCGGGCCCAUGAUUCGAUCGCAAGUUCUUCAUCCCAGCAGGUGCAUGCUUUCGUGGCACCGCCGUCCGUCCCUGUCGCGGGCCCAUCCAGGUCCUACGACACCUGGAGUUACUCACUGUUCGAAAACAUGCCAGCGGCAAGCCAAUCGCCAGCUCCUGCAGUCUCGCCACCGGUUGCGUCCUCCUUUUCUGCGGGCCCAUACACAGCUGCCUUGGCGUGCCCGUCUCAUCCCUUGCAUACUCUUUCUGACCUCGAGAUCUCCCCGCACGGCGGCUAUCCCCACUCUGGCUCCGUGCCUCCUCCGCAGCAGUCACACGUAUUUUCUCUGGGUAUGACCUUGACAGCAACUAACUCAAAUCAACAAGCCUCACCACCACAUGGCAAUGACGAGCAUACCGGGGACGCGGGCGAGACUGGCGAAUACCUUUGCAAGUGGUGGCUUAUUGAGGAAAAUAAAAUCUGCGGUCACAUAUCCAAAAGCUGGGAGGACCUCCAUGAGCAUUGCAAGAGCCUGCACUUUGAUCACAACGCUGGCUAUGUUUCUUGUUGCUGGCAGGACUGCAAGAAGAAGAACCGGAUGAAAAUCGAGGGGCUUUACAAGCACCUGAAGAUUCACUACCAGCCGCCUGUUCAAUGUGGAUGGUGCAAACAUUAUUUCAGCAGAACUGAUUCCCUUCGACGACACGGGAAAAUUUGCGGAAGUCGUCCCACUUCGGCAGUACCUUCAGAGUUGAUGCAGGAAGGAACCUUGCAGGAUCUACAGGAUGCAACGGGGCCAUCGGAAUCUCAAACGCUGGCAGGUCUGUUGGGAUUGGAGAGAGAAGACGCGUCCGAGCUUGCCUCAGAGGCUCGCGCUUUCACUGGGCCCCCGGAAUCCGAGGUCUCAGAAGGUCUUGAUGGUCCUUCCCAAUCUCGGACGACAUCGGAGGACAGAUCUACCGCUCGCGAGACCCAUGAAGUCCCUCGCUCCACAGAAAGGAUGAUGACGAGGCAAAGGCUUCGGUCGAAGACGCAAGUGCCGACGUCGAAGAAAGUGAGGCCUACGCAACGUCGUAAAACUGCCCAUCGCGUGCCGCGCGAAGAGAGGAGGAUCGAAAGCCAACGUGGAGCGGAAACGAUGCAUCUACAAAACGGGAUGACUUUGAGACCUCGCCCAGCUGCUCCAGCCCCCAUAUCAGGUCGUGCAGAAGAAUCAUCUAAAAGCAAUCGGGUUUCAGCCACAGAUGAGCCUGCUCAAGAUUCUGGAUCGCGUGAGGGCACUCACCGCCCAUUGAAUGACCAAGGUGAUCAAUCGCUGAAGAGGAAGAGGCAUUAG